AAAAAAGAGCGCUCUGCUUGCUUGUGCAACAAUCUGUUAAGGCGUGGGACCUCCUGCAUCGAACCGCGAGGCAGCCCUCCCGUCGAACGACCGUCCGAGCGCCGGCGACGCGCUCCGACCGCGAGGCAGCCCCUCGUCAACGCACGGUACCACCAUGGGCAAGCACCGGGUCAUCCCCUGCGCCGCGCCGGCGGACCCCGACGCCCUGCUCGACGACGCCACGGCGCGCGAGCACAUCGACACGCUGCGCGACGUCACGACCGAGAUCGCACGCACGGUCGCUGGUUUGGACGGCCGCGCGACGCCGGCCGACGUCCAGCAAAAGCUCGCCGCGGUCCUCGCGGGCGCGGCGCCGCCGUCGCCGGACCUGAAAAGCGCGCGCCGGCGGGACGACCUCGAGCGCGCGCUGCGGUCCGUCGACGACCUGCGGCGCGCCGUCCGCCGCGGCGACGGCGACGUCGACCUCGACGCGCUGCUCGACGCGAUGCCGCGGGGCGUCGUCGUCGCGUCGCCCCCGCCGCCGGCGCCGCUACCACGCGGCGAGCCAGAGGCGCCGUCGACGCCGCGCGCCGAGCCGGACCCGCCGUCUACGCCGCCGCGACGCCGGCGCUUUUCGCUCUCGAGGAUGUUCGGCGACGCGUACCGGCGCGGCGCGGGCGUGCGAUAAAUAUCGGAUUCACAACA